AUAUUAUCAGCACAAUAUCAAAAAAGAAAGAGACAUGAGCAAAUUAAGCUUUAAAAAACUACUUACCGUUCUCCUUGUUGUCCAGUUCUUAUGUGUUGUUGCUUCUGCCUCUGCUACUGAAGAGGCAAAAGCUCUCCUAAAAUGGAAAGCUAGCUUUGAAAACCAAACAAAAUCUAGGUUAACUUCGUGGACUCUGCUUUCUCCUAAUGCCACCAACUCUGAGCCACUCACAACCCCGUGUGCUUGGUUUGGAAUUUCAUGCAAUUUAGCUGGAAGUGUCAUCAAAAUAAACCUUACCAAUUUCGGUUUAGAUGGUACGUUGUAUGACUUUUCAGCCUCCUCUUUCCCUAAUCUUGAAUAUGUUGAUCUUGCAGCAAAUUCACUCUCUGGGGUUAUCCCAUCUCAGAUUGGUAACCUAUCAAAGCUCAUUUAUCUUGAUCUAUCCACUAAUCAGUUCUCUGGAAAAAUCCUACCUGAAAUUGGUCUCCUAACAAAUCUUCAGGUCCUAUACCUUUUUGAAAACCAAUUGAAUGGCUCAAUUCCUCCCAAAAUUGGUCAGUGUCGAUCUCUUAAUGAGCUUGCCUUCUAUAGCAAUAGUCUAGAGGGUCAAAUUCCUUCUUCUUUUGGUGAUUUGAGCAACUUGGUUAGGUUAUAUCUUUACAAUAAUUCACUUUCAGGUUCUAUUCCUGUAGAAAUGGGAAAUCUAACCAAUUUGAUCGAACUUUACUUGGAUACCAACCAUCUUACAGGCCUCAUUCCUUCCAGUUUUGGAAAUUUUAAAAAGCUUAUUGUGUUGCAUGCCUUUCACAAUCAACUUUCUGGUCCCAUUCCUGAAGAAUUAGGAAAUUUGAAGUGUCUUGAACGUCUCAGCCUUCAUACGAAUAAUCUGUCUGGUUCUAUUCCGGCAUCAUUGGGAGGCCUCAUAAACCUCACCUCACUUCGUCUCUAUGAAAAUCUGCUUUCUGGUCCCAUUCCUGAAGAAUUAGGAAAUUUGAAACGUCUUCAAAAUCUCAGCCUUCAUACAAAUAAUUUGUUUGGUUCUAUUCCAGCAUCAUUGGGUGGCCUCACAAACCUCACCUCACUUCGUCUCGAUGAAAAUCUGUUUUCUGGUCCUAUUCCUGAAGAAUUAGGAAAUUUGAAGCGUCUUCAAAAUCUCAGCCUUCAUACGAACAAUUUGUUUGGUUCUAUUCCAGCAUCAUUAGGUGGCCUCACAAACCUCACCUCACUUCGUCUCGAUGAAAAUCUACUUUCUGGUCCCAUUCCUGAAGACCUUGGAAACUUGAAAUCUCUCACAGUUCUAAAUUUGGGUGUAAACCAAUUAAAUGGCUCACUCCCUGCUUCUUUUGGCAAUUUAAUUAACUUAAAAGUAUUGUUUCUUCGUGACAACCAACUUUCUGGAUCCAUUCCUCAAGAAAUAGGAAAUUUCAUGAAAUUGUCAGUACUGGAACUAGACACAAACCAGUUUACCGGUCCUCUACCCAACAUUUGCCAAGGUGGUUCACUUGCACACUUUAGUGCAAGCAACAAUAAUCUCACAGGUAACAUCCCCAAAGGCUUGAAAAAUUGCACAAGCUUGGUGAGAGUCCGUCUUGAAGUCAACCAACUCACUGGAGAUUUAGCGGCAGAGUUCGGUAUCUAUCCAAAGCUAAGCUUCAUAGACAUAAGUCAUAACAAAUUCCAUGGAGAAAUAUCAUCUAAAUGGGGAAGUUGUCCAAAUUUAAGUUCCUUAAUCGUGGGGAGGAACAAUAUCACUGGGACCAUACCACUAGAGAUUGGAAAUGCAGCUCAGCUACAUUCACUUGAUCUUUCUUCCAACAAUUUAGUUGGGGAGAUUCCAAAGACAUUAGGAAAGUUGACUACUCUUAUUAAGGUCAACUUCAGUGACAAUCAACUUUCCAGUGUCAUACCUCCAGAAAUUGGGCUACUGACUAAUCUUGAGUCUUUAGACCUAUCCUCAAACAAAUUAAGCCAGGCAAUACCAAAAAAUCUAGGAAACUUAGUCAAGCUACACUACCUGAAUUUGAGCAACAACAAAUUUAGCCAAGAAAUUCCAGUUCAGGUCGAGAAGCUAAUUCACUUGUCUGAGUUAGAUUUGAGUCAUAAUUCUCUCAGAGGAGAGAUACCGUCGCAAAUGAGCCAUCUGGAGAGCCUGGAGCAACUAAAUCUCUCCCACAAUUCUCUUACUGGUUCUAUUCCGAAUAGUUUUGAGGAAAUGAGGGGUCUGUUGUAUGUUGACGUGUCCUACAAUCAGUUGAAGGGUGUCAUUCCUAAGAGCAAAGCAUUUCAAGAUGCUACUAUGUUACAAGGGAACAAGGGAUUGUGCGGAAAUGUUCAGGGAUUUCCCCCAUGCGUACCUUCUAUCACUUACAAACAUAGAAAUGGAGAGGUCAAAAAAUUGGUGUUUUCAAUUAUAUUCCCUCUUUUGGGAGUUCUUUUACUUGCACUCGGGGUUUACUUAAUUUUGCAGAAAAGAAGGAAAAAAAAACCAGCAAAACAAAGCAGUGAGGAGGAUGGAGAGCUUUUCUCAGUGUCAACUGUUGAUGGAAGAAUUCUAUACAAAGAAAUCAUGGAUUCAACCAAAGCUUUUGAUGUUGAGUACUGCAUUGGGAAAGGAGGAUAUGGCAGUGUUUACAAGGCCACGCUGCCAUCAGCUAACAUAGUAGCUGUUAAAAAAUUUCACCCUUCACCAAAUGUUGAAAUAACACAUCAGAAAGAGUUUUUGAAUGAGAUAAAGACUUUAAUAGAGAUACGACACCGAAAUAUUGUGAAGUUGUAUGGCUUUUGUUCAAACCAACAACACUCAUUUUUGGUUUAUGAGUAUCUCGAAAAGGGUAAUUUGGCCACAAUCUUGAGCAAAGAAGAAACAGCUAAAGAAUUGAAUUAGUGCAGGAGGGUGAAUAUCGUUAGGGACGUGGCUCAUGCGCUGUCUUACAUGCAUCAUGAUUGCUCUCCUCCUGUUGUUCAUCGAGACAUAUCAAGCAACAAUAUUUUGCUCGAUGAGGAAUAUGUGGCUCAUGUUUCAGAUUUCGGCACUGCUAAGCUGCUGAAGAUAGACUCAUCCAAUUGGACUGAACUUGUUGGCACAUAUGGAUACAUUGCACCAGAGCUGGCUUAUACGAGGAAAGUUACAGAAAAAUGUGAUGUGUAUAGCUUUGGAGUGUUAGCAGUGGAAGUGAUUAAAGGAAAGCAUCCUGGCGAUAUCAUCACCUCUCUAUCGUCUCAUUUAACAAAUGAAAGCACGCUGGUGAAAGAUAUUCUGGACCAACGACUUCCACUUCCUCCUUCUGAAGUUGAGGAACAAGUGAUGACCAUUGUAAAGCUAGCAACUGCUUGCUUACAUGUCAAUCCACAAUCUAGGCCAUCCAUGCACAAGAUUUCUCAGAUGUUAGAUCAGUUCUACAGCCCUUUACAGUGUUAAAUCCGGACAAAUAAAUUGUGCUGUAAAAGGUCAGGAUCAUGUAGAGGAAAUGUGAGGUAAAAGCAACUGCUUCCACACAGUAAGUGUUGCCUAGUUUAUAAGGUAUUUAUAUAUUUCUUCCCAAGGAAUAAAUGCUUAUAAAUAAAUAUGGACUUAUAUUAUUUAUUUACA